UGACAGUGCUUCUCAGUUUUUACUCUCAGCACCUCUUUGUUGAGAUCUGGUUAUUUCUGUAUAAUCUGAACAAAACAAAAUAAUACUGUUCCUCAAAGAAUUUGAUCACAAGUUUGAAGUUUAUAACUUCUUGAGAAUAAUGGCUGAAGAAGCUUCUGACAAGAAAGUAGAUAUCAAAGCUGUGGACAAUGCACUCCAAUCUGGAAAUGAAGGAAAAAACAGCUCCUGUCAGAGUCUGGUUCUGAGUGCUCCUCGAACCAUUGCCCUGUACCCUUCUGCUGCCUAUCGCAACUUGCACCCGUCUGCAUCCACUCACCACCUGCAGGCCUCAUCCGCUGUCUACCAGGGCCGGCACCUGACAGCUCUGCAACAUGCCAGGCUGAUGAAUGCAUUCCAUCCUAGUGAUGCUUGCUCUGAUCAAAUGCAGUUUCCUGUGACAUUCCAGCGUCUCCAGAACAACACAGACCUGCGGCCAUCAGCCUCCACAUCCUCUUUCUCUCAUCCUCCAGUGCAACGCCCCCACUUCUCUAGUUUUCAAAUGGCCCAUGAGUUUUUGGAGUGUGUAAGAGAUGUGGACGUCAUAUCAGGUGCCGAGAACAUUAAACAACUCCUCAAGAUGCCAUUCGACCCUCAGGCUGAAGUGAGCCUCAUCGUACACCGCAUUGAGAACACCCUGCUUUUGGACCCCUUCUCCGUAACUCAGCUGGAGCAGCAGAGAACUGACUGGGCCUGGCUCCAGCGAUUCCAGGCUAUGGUCUUCCAGCGAAUAACGAAUAGGGAGGGAUGUGGUGCGCUGACAAAGCUGAACUGGGAGACCCAGCAGCGCAACCGUCAGCUGUUGAUGCGCGUGUUGCAGUGCACCAUACAAGCUGCUCAGCAACGACACCAAGCAACCGCUGCUGCUGCUGCUGCUGCUGCUGCUGUGGAAGGCUCUGUUCCGCAGCCUCUGCCUUCAGCAGCGCAAAUUCUAGAAGAUAAGAAGGAUAAAGAUGAUGCACCCCCUUCUUCCCCCACCACUGCCGUGAUCCCUCUCACCCUCACCCCAGCACUGCAGCCCUCAACCGAGACGGUGUCUGUGGGGGCGGAGGAAGCGAUGCCUGAGCCCGACGCGAGCGACCGCACGCCCGACGACGUCUACGGUGAAGGCCACGCGCGCAAGAUCAUCUGGAACUUUGAGGACCUGCGCAUGCUCAUUGGCACGGACCUGCCUAUAUUUGGGGGCGACACUCAUCCUUGUGUGUCUCUACGUCUGCAUGAUAUGGCCAAGCCAAUCACCGUUCUAACAGUGAGUGUUGGGUCUAAGACCUCGGAGGAGGGACACACCUACUGGCUUUUUAAGAAGGAGAACGAUGACGUGGUGAAGUUGUACGACCUCACCAACCUCAAGCUGGGGGAUGAGAGCCCCAACUAUGGGCAUCAGCCUCCUACUUCUGCUGCCACGGAUGCCCAGCCUGACACCCCUCUUCUUGACGGGUCGAGUGUGAACCCCUUCACGGUGCCGGCGGGGAUGCUGUUCUACAGGCUGGCUAAGAGCCUCCUGCAGGACACGACGCGGCACAGGGCGGCCACCAUCACUGACCUCCUGCACAACGCCGUCAUGAUCCUGCCUGCACACCGCUACCCCGAGAUCGUGUCGUCAGCUCACUACUACAUCGCUGACGUGCUCAUGGCCGAGGACUACAAGGCUCGUCAGGAGCGGGAGACUGACAGCAGCGCUGACGAGUACGAGGACGAGUCUCUGCUUAGUGAUGAAAAUGGAAACGACAACAACAGCGGCAAGAAGAACAGGAAAAAGAACAAGAAACGAAAACAGUCUCCGCUACGCCACUCCACCAGGGUCCAUAAUUCUGGUGCUGUCCUUAGACCGCCCCGCCUCACACAGAACUUCAGCGCCCGUUGCACCAGCGCCCUCGCGCACGUGGCCCAAGGUCUGCUGUGUGUUCUCAAGGAGAACAAUAACAGCGCUCAACAGAACCUCAAAACUGAGAACCAACAGGCACCAGAGGAACCGAAAAUGGCACGUCGUAAUGAAUCCAUCCCGCUGCCAUACCAGUCAUUACACGAACUUGAAAAUGAGUCCCUCAUAUCUACAUCCUCUUAUUCGACUGGACAAGAUAAAACCCAUCCAAUAUCUCACGCUAGUCGAGAUAUAAUAUCCAAAGUCAGAGUCAAUGAUCAAUGCACUGCGCAAAGUUGUGGGGAUGAUAUCUCUACAUCAUCUAAAGUUUCAAACCUCUCUGAAAAUUUUGUUGAAAAUGGUCUUCCUGAUGGCGAGUCGCCUGCAUUAGGUGUGCCAGAACCACCUCCGAUGAGUGUUGACCUGCCUGUCUCUAGUGGGUUAGAACCACUCCCAACUAGUACUGACCACCCUAGCAGUAGUGGUGGAUCAGAACCACGUCCUACGAGUAGUGACCUGCCUGUAACUAGUGGAUCAGAACCUCCUGCAGACGACGUAACCAAAGCCAUGGUUCCGUCGUCACGCUGCCUGUCGGUGGAGCUCUCUAGCGUCCGCUACGGAGUGUCCAGUCUCACGGCCAAACUCAGGCUCCUGUUGCUGCAUAAAGCUGCUGUCGUUUACAAAAUGAUUGCUGCUGAUGCCUUCCACAACAAACGGUAUACAAUGGCCUCGGAAAAUGUAGACCUGUGCGUACUCUGCUGCAUGGCCGUGACAUACGAGCUCAACCAGUACCCUACCACUGGCCAGUACCCUACCACUGACCAGUACCCCACCACUGACCAGUCCCAGGCUAGUGGCCGGUGCCCAGCCAGUGACCAGCACCCAGCUAGUGACCAGGGAUAUCCUCUGAUGAAGGAAGCGCUUGGUCUUGCCAGUGAAAUAUUCCACUGCAGAGCAAAGAACUGGGACCUAGAACCAUCAGCUGCGGACUGCCAAAAGCCUAAGAACAAGAACCACAAGUCCAGCAGUAGUUCUAAUCUCCCUGCACGCAGCAGCUGUGAAUACAAUUGUACUGCCGCAGCUGCAGAAGCCAGCGACAGCGAUAAAGACCAUGUAGACUCCAAGCUCUGUCAGGAGACCAACGACAAGAUCAGGGAAAUUGUCGACCAGUUCGUCCCGGCACACUAUCGAGACCAGUUCAAAAUGCCGGUGUCGGCGUCAAGUCAGUACGCGUGCCUCGUGCUCGCCCAGUGCUACCUCUUCCUGGAGGCCGGCGGCAGACUGGGCGACAUCUCCGUCCAUCCCGCCGCCCAAACUCACCCCGCCGCCGCCGAAACUCACUCCUCCGCCGCCCAAACUCACCCCGCCGCCCACGUCCCGCCCCUCGUAACGCCGGGACCCUCGUUACGUCUAGAGUUACGGGACGACAUGGUUCGCCGUAACCCUUACGUCGUCGCCAGACUCGCUGACGUCAUGAAUGAGAUGGCCUGCUACCAGAUCAACAUGGUACAGGGUGGGUCAUGGUACAGGGUGGGUCAUGGUACAGGGUGGGUCAUGGUACAGGGUGGGUCAUGGUACAGGGUGGGUCGUGGUACAGGACUAUGCGCGUAUUAUUCUUCAAGUCGUGUGAGCGGAUCAGCCGUGAGCGCUGAUGAAGACCACCACCACCUCAAGGCUGCUGAGAGCUACAGACUCGCCGUGAUGCACAUGCAACAUCGCAUCAACCACGACAUCAAGUGCAGCAAGCAACAGUCAUGCAAUGAAGGUUUCAGUGAAAACAAUCCUCGAAACUACCAAGGAAAGGCUAAUUUCACCGGCAACGGCAGCAGUAAGCACCAAGCAGACUCCGAUUUUAAAACCCGACCCUGUCGUGCCGACCAAAAUAAUACUUUUAGCCACCAUAACCCCAAACAAACCCAAAGCAACUCCCAAAGUUUCGGAAAGAAAUCCAGAUCCUGGAGAAAGAAAAACACAUCUCGCAAGAUAGAAGCGGAUGAAGCACCUACCGAGAAUCCUGCCACGGAUUCGGAACUCCGAGGCAAUUUUAAUGCUAGACAUGAACCUUUACUCUCUGAAAACGAAGGAAAUUUUGAGUCUGAAGGAUCAGACGCACACCCUAAAGACCAAGCUAAAGUCGUGUACGAGCCCAGGCGCAUGAGCAUAGACCAAGCGCAGAACCUCUGCGAUAAACUGAAAAUAGACCUCGUCAAGACCCUGCUUGCUCACAGCGACAAUCUGAGAGUCCGCGGUCUGUGUCAGCUGACUGACGAUGGAAAAGCUGGUGGCGACGUUGAAGAAGACGAAAGCGAUGUUUCUACUGACGAAGUUCGUGGCAGAGCCAGUACCGUCAACACCAGUAACACCACCGCCAGUAACACCACCGCCAGUAACACCACCGCCAGUAACGCUAGUAACGUCAACAAGAUGGUAUCGUUGGUACACGAAUGCGUGAAUGUAACGCACGAUCUGCUGACGCAGUCGUGCUCUGUACCGUGCCUUCCUCUGUACACGAGCUGUGCCCUCACAUUCAUUGCCCUCUUGCCCUCUGCCACUGCAUACGAGGCAUGUGGAGCCACGGAGUGGAUGUGUGCGGUGCAGAGGCUGCAGUGGCUGCUGUGGCGCAGUCUUCACUACAGCAGCGCUCUGCACUGCACCGCAGCCUGCGUCAACCAUCUCCUCGCUCUGCCUGCUGGUCAGUUAGGCGCGUACGUUCGUGCGUGCGUGACGACGUCGGUACAGACCUGCUACGUGGUCGCCUCCUACGCCAGCAACGCCGUCAGUGACGUCCCGCUCGUCAUGGAGGACGCACGUCGCGUCGAGCUCUGUCUCGCCGACUUCGGAUUGAUGGUUCCCGUCAAUGCUGCGACAAAUGCCACCCAAGUUCCGGACUCUGGAACGAUAAAUUCAUUCAAGAAAAACAAAGACUGUGGCGAAAACAACAGCAAGACAACUGAUAAGACUCAUCUCAUGGGUGAUAGUUGUAUUUCUAAAGACGAUCUACAAUGCAGUGAACGUAAUAAUGAUGAUAUAAUAAAUGAUAACAAUAAUGAUGGAAAACGUGGUGAUGACAUCAAUUCUGCAGUCGACAACACUGAACAAAUUCGCUGUGAUGUUAAUAGCAGUUCGUCGAAUGGUACGAAGAGAAAAGAAAUAAAAGAUUCGAAAAACGGGAAAAAUGAAAAAGUAAACAGUGAAGCUGGACAAAAAAAUGGAGACAACAAACGUCAAAAGAAAGAUAACAGAAAGAAGAACGCGUGUGCCAACACGACGAAAAGUGAAGUGAAGAAGACGGGAGUGGGAAGUGAAGUGAAAAGACAUGCUAAAGAAGGGAGAGUAACGAGCGAUGGAGUAGCAAGGGGAGCGGAAAGUGGAGGAGUAACGAGUGGCGUAUCAAGUGGAGUAACGAGUGGCAUAUCAAGUGGAGUAACGAGUGGCGUAUCAAGUGGAGCAGCGAGUGGAGUAUCAAGUGGAGCAGCGAGUGGCGUAUCAAGUGGAGCAGCGAGUGGCGUAUCAAGUGGAGCAGCAAUUGGAGCAUUACUGGAGCUGGAGUCAGCGCUGCAGGCGUCACUGCAGAGACUGUGUCAGCUCAGCUCUCGCGCUCCUGACGCGUUUGCCGUGGCUUGGCCUGGCGUAGACAAGGCUGCCGCCAUGUCAGCCUACCGCGCUGCCUUAAGCCAUCGCAGCAACAGCCAUGUGGCUGACCGUCUCAUGGCUGCCAUGGCUGACGUCCAGUCUCUGCUGACCAUCCCUGCUGCUCCUGCUGAUCUCUGACUCUGCCUGCUGGUCUCUGACCGUGCCUGCUGGUCUCUGACCGUGCCUGCUGGUCUCUGACCGUGCCUGCUGGUCUCUGACCGUGCCUGCUGGUCUCUGACCAUG